CAUGACAUUCGAUCAUCAUCGGCGCAUGCUGGGUCAUAAACUGUUAUUAUUGUCCGGACACAAAAGCUGGCGAAAAUGACCGACCGCGUCUCACAUAAAUGGACAGGAGAGCAGACUCGCCUUCUUAUCAAGUACAGGAGUGAGAAUGAGAAGUUGUUCACUAAAUCAAAGAUGGCAGCCAAGAUGCAGUGGCAGGUUUUUGUGAAGAACGCAGGCCUAGAGGGAAAGGUCACCGGGGUGCAGGCUUCAAAGAAGUGGGAAAACCUCAAGCAAAAAUACAAGGAGGUGAGAACACCCAAGACAGGGUCAGGAAACGAAAAUGGGGAGUACCAGUGGCAAUACUAUGAGGACAUGCAUGCCGUCAUGGCUGCUAAACAUUCAAUCGAGCCCCCUCUGCUGGGGGCAUCCCUGCCCUUGAGGGCACAAGACGAUACCCGCAAGGAUACUGAAGAGCCCUCCCUGGACUCAUCUGUCAACACAGAGUCAGGACAUGAGUCACCUACACCCAGCACCACAAAGAAGAAGAGGAAGGCAGAUACGGCAUUAGAGUUCCUACAAGAGGAGGUGCGUGAGGAGAAGAAGAGGUUUGAGCUCCAGGAGGCCAAAAUAGCGGAGCGUCAUGAGGAGAAUGCAGCCCUGAUGAGGCAGAUGCUGGCCAUCUGCAGGGAAAUGGUAGAUAAAAUGUAGUGUUCCCUGACUUUACACUGCCUCUUUUUUAAUAUAAAAUAAAUUAA